CUUUUUUACACAUUUAAAGCUCAGAAAGAGUUCACUCGACACGCAAUUGUCCCUUUCUCUUUUUUUUUUUUCCUGCGUUAAUAAUAAAACUUACCGCAGUUGAAAGGCCUCUCUGUAUUUUUUUUUUCUUUCUCUUUUUCUCUCUCUAUUUUUUUAUUUUUAUUUUUCUGUGAUAAAAGGUAGUUUAGACUAUAAAUACAACUUCUUUACGACCAAAGACACUUUGAAUAGACAAUGAAGAUCAAGAAAUCACCUACAAAGAAGCUUGCACCUUUACCACGUCAGCUCAGUGACUUGAUCAAACAACUUGAAAAUGUUGAAGAAGAAGAGAUUCCUAAUGUCAUUCGAGAAUUAAAGACUUGGAGUUAUGGAAGAGGAGACUUGUUUUAUUGGGUGACAGUAUUAGACAGAUUUGAUGGAAUAUUGAAUAGAAUCUGUAAAGACUACGAACUUAAGGAUAUUCAACGAAAAAGAUUUGAUCAACAUACGAAACACCUUAUUUUAUCAAUCAUUGAAUUUGCAAAUAUUUUGUUUGAAAAUUGUACAAAUAGAAACAUAUAUAACUCAUACGAGCAUUUAACGAUGCUUUUAAAUACUUUUGACAUUGACGUAUUACAAAAAGUACUUCAUUUCAUGAUUCGACCUGCACAAAGAAUAAAUAAUCCCAAGGCUAUACGGUCAUCAUUCACCGUACCUCAAGAUAAAAUAAUCGAAUUGAUCAAAGGAUGGAAUCAAAUACCUAUACAACCUCAUCUAGACAUUUCACCAAAAAUGUUGACUCUGAACCUUCAAUUUUAUCGUACAAGUGAUAAUAAUAAUGCAGAAGAAGGGCUAGAAACGAUCAAUUAUGUAUUCACUGAUCAAGACUUUGAAAAGGAUGAUAUUGAUCUCUUUAUUCAAUUCGUUAAUGAAUAUAAUAUACCAAAGGAGAAUCACUUUGACUUAGCAAACAGAAUACGUAUUAUAAAACAUGUAAAGAAUUUUGAAGAGAGACAAACCCUUUUGGCUAUUCGUAUAUUAUCUAUUGCUAUCAUGGCUCAUGGUGUAUCCGAAAAUACUGCUCAAAACAAGAUUUUUAUAUAUGAACCCUAUUUGGUCUCUCAACUAAUCGAUUUGAUCUCUCCUGAAAAGAAUAUUGACUUGGAAAUUCAAACGUUUGUAUUCUAUGCUUUGGAUGCCAUUACAAGACACAGAAAUAAACUUUCUGAAACCUUGACUGCUAUCAAUGCCUCUGCUAACCAUGGUAUCCUUAUGCAAAUCUUGCGUAGAGUCGGCGCAAAUGAAGAAUAUUCUCCAUCUUUUCUUGAAGCUAUGCUUUCAUUCAUCGCAUGUUUAUUACAAACUCAACAUGGUGGCCAAAUGCUGAUCUCGGCAGGAAUCAUCCCCGUUUUGGUUCAUAUAAUUGGAAAUCACCAAAUCAGUCAACUCAAAGGCAUUGCAAAGGUCGUCGGUUUGCUCGAUACCAUUGUCAAUUCGUUCAACAACUCAUUCACUGCCUUUUGUAACGCCGGUGGAUUAGACACACUCUUGGAAAAGAUCAAGUUGGAAGUAGAAACCGCUUGUUCUUACCAUUCAACCGAACAGACGAAUAUUCCCCAUGACCGACUCUCUGUCAUUAAAAAUAUGCUGAAAUUCUUGUUGAGGAUGAUGGAAUCUUCGGGUACAGCUGAAGGUUUACGAAACCUGAUUGACUCCAGUUUGCCUCAUUCAUUAAAGCUGAUCAUGGAUAAUCCAAAAUCAUUUGGAAACAGUAUCUUUGCCUUGGCUAUCAACGUUUCCACGACACUCAUUCACAGUGAACCAACAUCUCUUCCGAUUUUACAAGAAGUCAAAUUACCUCAAAGCUUUUUACGCACCAUCUCGACAUACGAAACACCAAACAGUGAAGUAUUGAUGGCUGCCGUAAAUGCAUUUGGAGCCAUCUGCUUGAACACUCCAGGCCUCGAUAUGUUUAAUCAAGAAAAGCCCUUACCACACUUUUUUGAAUUGAUGACUUCGUCCGAGUUUUUGAAAACCCCUAUUGAUAUUGAUUGCGCAACUACAUUAGGCUCUACUAUGGACGAGCUGGUUCGUCAUCAUCCAUCACUAAAGCCUGCUGUAUUUGAAUGUGUCACGACUAUGGUCAAGAAGGUACUUGAGAUGGGAUCUGACAUGAAUGGUCCUGGUGCUGCCAAUGAUAACAGUCAUUUAAUUCAAACUCGCUCAACAAGUUCAAUGGAGACUGAUACAACAAUCGAAGAGGAUGACAAGGCCGGAAAGUUUGAGUGUUUACUUGUUUCUUUUAUCGACAUGGUCUCACGAUUCCUCGAAGGCUUGUUUCAAAACACGUCCAACAUUAAGGAGUUUGUCGAGAAAGGAUGCCCGGAGAUGCUUCUGGACUACUAUUCUCUCCCUCUUCUACCUGCCAACUUUUCUGUCACACUUGGCUCUGACUCCCUUGCAUACAUAUUUCGAAUGAUUAGUGAAGUUAGCCCCUUACCUACGAUGAUGGCCAUUGUGACAAAGAUUAAGGAAUCUAUUGGUUUAUUACUGGAUCAAGAUAUCGCAAGACAAAAGAGUAUGAUGGUGGACUAUGUAGACGUCUAUGAGAACGAACAGGACAAGAUUGAUUCUGGAAACAAGCUACUCCGUUCCUUAAUUCAGACGCAUGCUUAUGUCAGCUUACUCUCGAACCUCUGUUGCUGUUCUGUCUUUUCUCAUGGAAAAAAUGGUGUUUCUCUUGUUACAGAAUUCUUGAAUGAAUCCGAAAAUGAAAACGUUAUUCAACUGCUGGGUCGAUUGCAUCGUGUGAUGGUUUGGGAAACUCUGCUUUUCAAGGAAGCCCUGCCUCCUGCUUGGUAUGCUUACAAGCAUCCUACACCAAACAACCCUGCAUUGAAAAAGAACGUCAUGAACAACUCUGAACAUCCUUUAGGAAUCUACAGUUCGACUACUGACUCGAGCCCAGAAGAAAAUGGUAAUGAAACAAGUGCUACUUCAGCUACAACAACUACUUCUGAAAGUGUCCCCCCAGCAAAGGACCCUCGUAUGCUGAACAUCAAGCACUUCAAGAUGAUGUUGAAUGAAAUUUCUAAAUCUGUUCUUCCUAUCUUUCAAGUUGCUAUCAAAGUGUCAGUUAGUCGACGUGCUGCUGGCCCUUUACAGAAGCCCCAAACCUUGAAGCUUUCAAAGAAUUUGGCUGAACUCAUCAAGGAAGAUAUUGAAAAAUUGAACACUACUGAAUGUGAUAUGCCUUGUAAAUAUGAUUAUCUAACGUCAAUAUACACCAUGACAUCUCUUCUUUUACGUGAUGAACGUUCGCAAUCUUCACUUCAAACGCCUAUUGCUCUUGCUCUUGAUAAACGAAAUGGUAUUGACUUACUUUUGGAGAAUCUAAAGUAUUUGUGGAAUACUGUGGUGCAGCUUCACAGCGAGGAUCAAGACAAACACCGAAAGAUAGUAAAACGGAUCAACAACACUAUCGAAAGCCUGCUUGCUGUCCUGCUUCAAAUUAGCUCACCCAAAGCCUUACGUGAUUCAUCCUGUACAUCAUUCUUGGUCAAUAAGGAUAAGAAGGCCAAUGACUACUUUGAUCCACUUGAAUGGAUAGUGGGUGUAGAACUCAAGAUGAUUCCUCUAAAAGAAUAUCUGACCAGUUCUGACUGUUAUCUAUUUUCAAAGACCAUUGUCCAAACUCUCAUAAAAAUAUUUUUGCAAGUCAUGAAAGGAGAAGGAGACUUCUUGACGCACACUGUCGCUACUCGUGGUGGAGACCCUUUCAGUAGCUUCACUGCUCCUCUUAUGACAUCACCCUUUACCCUCCUUCGUACUCCUGCAGUUGCCUCUGAGCAGAAUAUCCAGACUCUAGUGGAAAUGGGUUUUGAAAGAAGAGCUGCUGAGCAAGCACUGACACGCUGUAACAACCAAGUGUCUCGGGCUGUCGAUUACCUAUUUAGUCACCCUGCUACCAUGCUUGGACAAACAGAAAAUACUGUAAGAGGUGCUAUUCCCGAUACUAGCCCUCCUCGUGAAGCCUCUGGUGAAGCUACUGAAGAGACCUCCCAUGACGCUGAACAACAGGCUGAAGAACCACAUGGAUUGUCUGAAACUCCAGCAUUAGAGGAUACAGAUGAAGAAGAAGAGAACGAGGAAGAGGAUAUGGCUUCACACGAUGAAGAUGAGCACAGUGAUAUGGAUGAAGAUAUGGAUCGUUCUGUAGAUCUGUCAAUGUCUAUUUUUGAAUCACGACCUACUGAAGCUUCUGCUGAAUCAAGCUCUUCAACCAACAACAACAACAACAACAACUCUGAAAACACGAGCAACUUGAAACAAGCUCGUCGUGAUCUCUGUAAUUCACUUCCACCCUAUCUCUUGUCACUAACUGACCAGCGAGAGGAUGUUAUUUUUGACACUCGUGACUUGCUAGUAGCAUUAGGUAAACACGACGACAGACCCAAUGGCACUACUGCAGCUGUGACAGAUGCUUCGAUCAAGAUUCUCACUCUGCUUCUCGAUCGCAUCGAAGAAGUUUCCAAGGAUACUUCAAAAUCAGACUUUCUCAACCAUCGUCUUAGACUUCUCGCACUCUUACUCCGUGAGCCACCUAUGCAGUCAAUAAUAUACAAAUUGCCUGAACGUUUCAGUUUCAUGUUUGAUAUGCUUGAUUUUGCUGAAGACGAUCAGCUUCCUGACUGGGUUGCAACACUCUUUUUGGUAUUGGAAGCCUUCAUUGCACAAGCUGAAGAACCAAAGAAAGAAAAACUAAAUUUACCCAGCCAAGAUUCUCCAUCAGACAGUGAAGACAGUAUCAAUGAUCAUGACGAUGAAGACACCAAUAGCAAGAACAAUCUGCAUACGACAGAAGAAGGCCGUGCAACGAUCCAACAUAUUUCUUCUGAACAUUGUAACAAGCUCCUACAGUGCUGUGUUGCACUGUUAAGACGAUCCAAUCUUUCUAGAGACAACAUAUAUUCCGUUUUCCGAAUGGCUGUACGUCUGACAAGGAACCAAGAAUACGCUCGUGCAUUUGUCGAACUUGAUGGUAUCUCGCUAUUGUUUUCCAGACCCAAGAAAAGUUUAGAGGGUAUACAAGGACAGCAAGCAUUCAUUAUCUUAAUUUUACGACACAUCAUCGAAGCUCAACCUGUUUUACGGCGCACAAUGAAAGAUACCAUUGUCAACUGGUUUAUCAAUCCUCGUCCUCGCAAUAUGGAUGUCUCUUCAUUUGUUCGCACAAAUGCACAUGUUGUCCUUCGUGAUCCAAGCACCUUUGUCGAAGUGACCACGGAUACUUGCAGAAUGACAAGAUAUGACGAGUAUGAUAUUGAUCGAACCAUCAAGUUGAAAAAGCGGGAAGAAAGUGUUAAACCUGACAUCAAUGAGGAAGAAAAGAAAUCAUCCGAAACUGUGAUCUACUAUCUUUUGACCGAGAUCAUGGCUACACGUGCCGAGGCUAUAGUAAACAGCAAAAAAGAUAGGACAGCAGAAGAAAAGGAUAAAGAAGACAGUAUUAGCUUUGUUUAUAUAGGCUUCUUGCUUCAAUGUCUUGUUGAGUUGAUAUCGUCCUAUACAUCUUGCAAGCAUGAUGUCUUGAACUUUUGCAAGAAACAGAAUGGCCACCCACGCACUCCAGGUGUCAAGCAUAGAUCUUUUGUAUCUAUGCUCAUCAACGAUCUAUUGCCAUACAACCACAUCAACCCAUAUGCUGAAGAAUCGCGUAAACAGCAAGCUUUAUCUACAUGGACUGCCUCCACUUUGGUCGCCAUGUGCUGUGACACGACACCUAUUUCUGAAAUGUCAGUCCAGCAAAAGAGCGAACUAUAUCAGGUCAGAAAGUACGUGUUGGAAGCCGUCGUGCGCUCUUUGAAGGACGCGAUAGCAUCCAGCGACCCAGCCUCUGUCAAAUAUUCCAAAUAUCUUGUCUUGUCUGACCUUUGCCAUCGCAUCUUGAAUGCAAGACUGAACAUUGGAUCCUCUCUUCCCAGAACCAUAAGCGCUGAAUCCUCUAAUGAAUUGAGUAAAGAAGACGCUGCUAUGAGUAAUUCAAGAAUCAUGUUGGACAAAAACUUUGUUGCUGUCUUAACGUCUGCAGUGAAUGAUGUUGACGUCAGCUAUCCUCAUUCCAAGACUAUACUCAAUGCUAUGUUGAGGCCUUUAGAGCUUCUGACAAGAUUGGCCAUCAACGCAGAUGAUACUGAGGAUGCUAGCGGUGACUCUAACAAGGAUGAUGCGGACAGAAUGGAUACUGCCGAAGAGAGCUUACAAUUACCAGCGAGCCAAGGCGAUGAAAACGAAGGUGCUCCUGAUCUUUAUAGAAAUUCUGCUUUAGGUAUGUAUGGUAAUGUAAUGGAAGAAGAAGAGUACGGCAGCGAAGAUUAUAGUGAUGUGUUUGGUUCUUCUGUCGAAGAAGAAGAAGAGUUUGAUGAAGAAAGUGAAAGUGAUCUUUCAGACAUGAGUGAGGGCGAAGAUGAAGGUGAUGGCGAUGAAGAAAUGGAAGCGAUCAUUCAUGGUUAUGAUGAGGACGAGAUGGAUGAAGAUGACGACUCUGAUGACAUUGAUGACAUUGAUGCCGAAGCUGAAUUGAUUGAUGACGAGGACGAAGAAGAUGGAAAUCGUGAGAUGACUUGGCACUUGGAGGAUAUUGAAGAAGACUCAAGUAUCAUCCGUGGCGGCUCUGUUAAUGCUGAUGAACGCGAGGAUCAGAGCCCUGGUAUUCGGGCUGCUGAUAUUCCCUAUGAUGAAGAGGAAGAUGAAUUGGAUGCUUUAUCUGAUUUUGAAGAUGCUUCAGAGAACUUGGAUGCUGAAUCUGAAGCAGAUCUCAUUUCUGACGGCAUGGUUCUCGAUGCUGAUGACCUUGAUACUCCAUUUCUCAACACUGAAGAGAAUGAUGAGUUUGAAGAAGGCGAUGAAUAUGAUGGUGCCCCACGUACGAUUAUUCCUAUCGGAUUUAGACGAAGACUGCCUAAUGCUCGUCGUGCCUUGAUCGAAGGAGUUGGAAGAACAAUGAGAACUCCAACCAACAUUAACGGACAGGAGGAUGUCAUUACCCAUCCCCUUCUGUCCAAUAACCCUACCACGCAAACCGUAAGUGGCGGUAGUACCUUAAGAGCUGCCCUUAACGACCCACUUCCUCGAAGAGGUCAUGGUACUGGUUUCAGUAACUGGCAGGAAUUUGAGGAAAUGAUCGGAGGUAAUGCUAUACGCAUGCUUGAAUCUUUAUUAACGAAUGUUCCUUCUGGAAAUCAAGGCAGUCACGUCCGAGUAGACGUCUCGAAUGGUCCAGGAGGAGUAUUCAGAUCCUUUGAGUUUGAUCGUCCACCCAAUGCUCAAAACCCUCAAGGAGGAGCUGCCAAUGGCCCUUCCAAUGACCACAUACAAAAGGGAAUUGCGAUCUUGCAAGAUUUCCAGCCUAUGACAUCCAAUGACCGCUGGAACCAAGAAGCUCGCAUGAUGUUUGGUAGCAACUUGAGCGAAAAGGCACUAAAAGUAGUCAAUUCCAUAUUGAAUAUCCUUGUGCCUAUCGCAAUUGAAGAUGGCAAGAUUGCACGAGCUGAAGAAGAAAAGAGACGUCAAGAGCAGCGUCGCAAGGAAGAAGAAGAACGACGUAAGGCUGAAGAGGAAAAAUGGCGCUUGGAAAAAGAAGCACGACAAGCUGCUUUGGAAGCAGCGGCUCAACAGCAAGAACAUAACGAAGAGGCUCAGAAAGAGCAGGCUGAUGUAAAUACUCAAGAAACUGAAGCAUCGAGCAGUGCUAUGGAUGUAACAACUACUGAAGGCGAACCUGCUGAUGGAAACACAGAAGAGCGUACAAUUGUUGUGGUCCAUGGUGAGCCUGUUGAUAUUUCAGGCACUGGAAUUGAUGUAGAAUUUUUGGAAGCCCUUCCAGACGAUUUACGAGAAGAAGUUAUUAACCAGCAAAUUCGCAAUCAUCCUCAGACCAACCUACAGCCAGAAGACGAUUCGAUUAGUCCUGAGUUCUUGGAUGCUCUGCCACCAGAAAUUCGAGAAGAAGUUCUACAUCAAGAAGCCAUCGAAAGGGAAAGACGCGAUAGACAUAACCGUCAGACAACACAGGCAACCACUGAUUCUUCUAACGCGGCCAAUAUCCCCUCUUCUUCAGCUGCUGAGGAUGCACUUGCCUCUCGCAGACGCUAUUCUUCAGAAAACCAAAAUGAUGAGCGAACAUCAUCUAAAAAGAAGACAAAGCACCGCAGACGUGAUGCUGCUGCCCAGUUGAUUGAUAAGCCACAGCUUGCUACACUAGUGAGACUCCUGUUCAUACCUCAAAGUAUUUCCAAGUCUCUACUCAAUCGAUUACUGCUCAACCUGUGUGAAAACAGCAAGACGCGAAGUGAUCUUUUAUCAUACCUUGUAUGCGUACUUUAUGAUGGCAACACGGAUCUUGCCUCAGUUGAUAAUAGCUUUGCUGCACUCUCUACUGGAAAAGCGAGCAAGAAUCCUCAAAAAACAACCAAGCCAUCAACAUCACCAAAUGCUGAAAAUGUUCCCAACUAUGUCAUUCAACGCUGUUUGGAAGCAUUAUCACAUAUCAUAUCUUGUAAUGAGCAAUCGCUGGCUUACUUUUUAACAGAAAGUGAAUCCUUGGCCGGUCUGAAGAGAUCUUCAAGCAUAAGAAAAGGCAAAAGCAAAGAAAAGGCGUCCAGUAGUUGGAAUAAGUAUCCUAUACUUGUAUUAAUGAGCCUGUUAGAUAGACCAGUAUUUAUCAACAAUUCCUCAUUAAUGGAGCAAUUGAUGGAGCUGUUGUCAGUUAUGUGCAGACCAUUCCCUGUUUUGGUCAAGAAAUAUCAAGAGAAGUUAGAAAACAAGCAGAAAGACCCAAGUUUGGAUGAAAAAUCUAUGCCUAAACCGCCAACUAUCUUGGACUCUUAUCUAAAGCUUAUAGUUCAUGUGCUUACUAACGGCGAAUGCUCCAGCAAGACGUUCCAAUAUACCUUGAAUGCCAUAUCACACCUCUCUGCUUUAGAAGGAGCUCAGCAGACAAUUGUGAACGAACUAAUUGCGGAUGCUAAGAAAUCUGGUGCUCAAAUACUUAAAGAUCUUGCUAACCUUGUUGAAGUUCUUGAGAACGCAAUGCCUGGUACCGAAAUUAGCAGCAAUGUACUUGCGCCUUUCUCUGCAUCUACCUCUUACCAAGCCAAGUUAUUACGUGUACUGAAGACAAUAGACUAUAUGUUCUCACGCAAAUUGAGCAACAAAGACAAGACUACCAAUGAGGAAUUGGUGGCUAAGAAUGAAAAGCAGAUGUUGCAAAUCUAUGAAGAGCUUGACUUUUUACCUCUUUGGCAGACGCUAGGCAACUGUCUAUCUGUUGUUCGUGAAAAGGAAGAUCUGAUCAAUGUUGCUACUGUACUCUUACCUUUGAUUGAGUCCUUCAUUAUUGUUUCUAAAUGCACAGCAGAGAAGGGCCAAGGCAAUCAUGAAUAUUCGAAUGUUGCAACCGCACCAGAAACUGGCUCAACAGAUUCCUUCUUCUUUGCAUUCACUGAAAAACACAAGAAGGUUCUGAACAUUAUGGUUCGUAACAAUCCUGCACUCAUGAGUGGAUCCUUUGCUUUACUUGUCCGCAACCCCAAGAUGUUAGAAUUUGACAAUAAGCGCAACUAUUUCUUCCAGCAAUUACACAAACGUACAGGGCCUAGAGAGACUUAUCCUCAAUUGCAGCUUAAUGUUCGCCGACAGUAUGUAUUUGAAGAUUCUUAUCACCACUUCCAGAUAAGAACAGGUGAUGAAAUUAAAUACGGCAAGUUGGCUGUCAGUUUCUAUCAUGAAGAAGGUUUGGAUGCUGGUGGUCUCACUCGUGAAUGGUUCUCUGUUUUAGCAAGACAGAUGUUUGACCCCAACUAUGCAUUGUUUAUCACAUCCGCUGCCGACAAGCUAACAUACCAGCCAAACCGUGCAUCUGCAGUGAAUCCUGAUCACCUGAGCUAUUUCAAGUUUGUUGGUCGAGUCAUUGGCAAGGCUAUCUAUGAUGGACGUCUUUUGGAUGCCUACUUUACAAGAUCAUUUUACAAACACAUUUUGGGUCGACCAGUGGAUUAUAGAGAUGUUGAAGCCAUUGACCCAGAAUAUUACAAGAGUCUUGUUUGGAUGCUUGAAAAUGACAUUACAGAUAUCAUCGAUUUGACCUUUAGCAUUGAAAUUGACUACUUUGGCACCAAAGAAACAAUUGAUCUCAAGCCUAAUGGUAGAAAUAUACCAGUAACCGAAGCAAACAAGCAUGAAUACGUUGCUCUUGUUACUGAACAGAAACUGACGACAGCCAUAAAAGACCAGAUCAAUGCAUUCGUUCAAGGCUUCCAUGAAAUUAUUCCAGCCUCAUUAAUCCAAAUUUUUAAUGAACAGGAGCUUGAAUUGUUGAUUUCUGGUCUACCCGAUAUUGAUAUUGACGAUUGGAAGAACAACACGGUAUACGAAGGCUAUACAGCAGCCUCUCCUGUUGUACAAUGGUUCUGGCGUGCUGUUCGAAGCUUUGACCAAGAAGAACGUGCUAAAUUGCUUCAAUUCGCUACAGGUACAUCCAAGGUGCCUUUAGAAGGCUUUGCGCAUCUUCAAGGUUCAAACGGUAUACAAAAGUUCCAAAUUCAUAAGGACUUUGGCGGUGAAAAUAGACUUCCUUCUGCACAUACAUGUUUCAAUCAAAUAGAUCUACCCGAAUAUGACUCAUACGAAAGCUUACGUGCCAAUCUUUUCAAAGCGAUUAGUGAAUGUUCAACUGGUUUUGCUUUUGCAUAAUGACGAUAUAAUAUAUCUUUAUAUAUUUUUCAUAGUAUUAAUAAUAUAAUAAUAAUAAUAAAAAGGCUUAAAAACAAUGUAAAGAAGAGAGAUGAAGGAUGA